CUAUCUUCCUCUCAAACCCCACCUCAAUUACACCUCCCUCAUUUCCCCAACUCACUCUGAAUCUACACCAUGACAACCCCCCACCUAAAAUACAUGCGCACCUGCCUGGACCUCGCCUCCCAAGCCCCCGCCCUCCCCACCAACUUCCGCGUCGGCGCGGUGCUCAUCUCACGACACACCUCCGACCCAACCCCAACCUACACCUCCGACAUCCUCCUCUCAACCGGCCACACAAUACAACACCCAGGCAACACACACGCCGAACAAUGCUGUCUCGCCAACUUCGCUUCCCAACAUAACGUCCCCCCGGACCACGUCGCCGACGUCCUCCCCUCCGACGACCCAGACCGGAAACUAGUCAUGUAUGUGACCAUGGAGCCGUGCGGGAAACGUCUCUCGGGGAAUAUGCCCUGCGUGGAGAGGAUUAUUCAAACCCGCGGGGGUGGGGAGGGGAGAGGUAUCGAGAAGGUGUAUUUUGGGGUGAAGGAGCCCGGGACGUUUGUGGGGGAGUCUGUGGGAGUGAAGAGGUUGGAGGAGGCGGGGAUUGAGUGGGAGGUUGUGGCGGGUUUGGAGAGGGAGAUUUUGGAGGUUGCGGUGGCGGGACAUGAGGGGUGGGAGGAGGAGGUGGAGAGGGCGAUGCGGGGGGUGAGGACGGAUUUGGAUGCGGUUAGUGAGGAGGAGAGGAGGAGGCAGGAGGGGGUGAAGAGGAAUCCGAAGAAGAGGAUGAUGGAGGGGGAGGUUAUAGUUUAGUCUUGGGGAUGCCGCGGCGGCGGUGGUGGUGGAUGUAUUUCAAUUGUGUAUGGGUGGGUGGAGUGGGGUUGUAUGUGUCUAUAAGAUGUACAGCAAUAUAUCCAGGUCGUUCCUUUGGGGAUUGACAGUUUGACGAGUACAGGUCGAAUACACCGACUAGUCUUGCUCAAACCACCUAUC